AUGGUGAAGAAAGAACACAAGAUCCAAUCAGAGCCAUCCAAAGCAAUGGCAUCAUCUUCAUCUUCAUCUUCAUCUUCUUCAUCAUGCAAUAAGAAGAAGUACAAAGGAGUGAGAAUGAGGAGCUGGGGUUCAUGGGUGUCUGAGAUAAGAGCACCAAACCAAAAAACAAGAAUAUGGUUAGGCUCUUACUCAACCCCAGAAGCUGCUGCUAGAGCCUAUGAUGCUGCACUCUUGUGCCUCAAGGGUCCCUCAGCCAAUCUCAACUUCCCAAUCUCCUCAUCACAAUACCUUCCUGAUACUAUUAAAAAAGAUGAGAUUCUCGUCACUGCAGGAUCGGCCAUCAUGUCCCCUAAAUCCAUCCAGAGAGUUGCAGCAGCAGCUGCCCACAGUUCUCCUGACAAUGCCAACAGCCCACCACCACCACCACCACCAUCUCCUACCUUGACCUCGACCUCGACCUCGACCUCGACCUCAUCAUCAUCAACAUUUUCGCCAUCGUUAUCGUAUUCACCAUCAAACAAUAUUGAAGAUAAUGUUUCAUUAGUACCAUCUUUCGACGAUGCCUGCACGCCUUAUGUUGUCGAUGAACCAAUUUCCAUGACUGCAGCUUGGUACAAUUUUGAUUCACCAAAGUAUACUGAUAUGCUGAACGGGGCGUUUUUCGAUCCAACAAUGAUUGAGGAUGUCUAUGAAGAAAGCGAUAUUCAUCUAUGGAACUUCUGCUGAAUACUCUCAAUUCAAAUUAGUCCAACCCAUAUGCCAUUUAUUUUUUCAAUUCAUUUGAUGAUCUUCAG